UUUGCUGUAAAUUGCCAUGCCUUUAGUAUGCUUGGGAUACGCAUCAGAAAUUUGAUAACUAAAGACUCAAAUCCACAUAAUUAGGUGUCAAACUGUUCUCAGUCUGUAGGGGUUCUUGGAUGUUUCUUUUACUUAAUGGUUUAGCUUUUAAUCUUUUAUGAUUAAAAAGUUAGUGUUGAGGGGGAUUUCUUGUUGCAUAAAGCAAGCUAGAAUGUCCUAAUGUUGCACUACUGGAGUGAAGCUGUUUAUGUUUCUCCUUUCUUUCCUUGCUGUCUCCCAAGUAUAUCAGUUAUACAUCUCUUCCUCUGUGCUUCUAGCACCUUUUUGCUGCAUUUUACCACCUUGAUUAGUCAUGUGCCUUUUAGACCUGAGGAGGUAGAGCAGUUGAACAUUGCAUAGAGCACUUUAUUUAGCCAUGCUGUUUACACAACUUUUUUUUUUUUUUUUGCCUUGCAGAAAAAGAUAAGAAGCCACCCAUUGCAAAGAAAUGACCAUUGGGUUGUUUUUUUGCUGUUGUCAAAGUAACGAAACAAAGUAGCUUGUUUUCUUUUCUCAACUGUUGUCAUCUUUCUUGAGGUAAACUCUAGGAUGUGACAAAAAGAGCUGUACGUAGGAUAUAGAACGUAGAUAGGAAGGAAGACAAAGAUACACUUAAAUCUGAGGAAACGAUAGAUUUUGAAGUUGUAAGAGAAGCCUUCUUUUCUGAUUUAGUAACUAAUGAAGAGUUCUGAUGGGACAGCUAUUGAACAGUGGAAAGAAUUUUUGCCCUUUAAUCCAAAACUGUAAAAGCAAAUACAGAUAAACCAAGAGCUGUUUGCUGUUGAUACAUCAGUGUACUUAAGUGUGUAUUACCUUCAUUUUAUAUAAUGUGGGUGGCAUUUGAACUGCUAUUUCUUGAAAUGUUGAUGGAAACAGGUAAUAAGGUAGUGUGAACUAUUAACUAUAGAGAGAGCAGUUAUUCUGGAAUGCUUAAAACAAGCUGGAGCUAAUUGUUUAACCUUGAAUAAUUACAAGGAAGCAUGAAUAUCCUUAGAAUAAAAGUUUUGCUUCUUUCUCCUAUUAAAGAAAUUCCUUUGAAAGGAAGGAGCUUGAGAAGUGCCAAAACCAUCAUCUUGCUCACCUGUAUGGUAGAAAGGAGGCAUGAGUGGUGAGGAGCCUCAAGAUUCCCCACUGAAUUUCUGAUAUUCAGAUGAAGUUCUUGAAAAGGGGCUGUUAAGGCAGCUUAACUCUAUGCAGUGAUUCAUAUCACUAGAACCUAUAAGCUACUUGGAAAAGCUUAGUUAAGAAAGAUGACUAGAUUGCACUGCAAUGAAGAUCUAGGGUUUUAUUUCAGUUUGGGAGACUAAUUAAAUAUUUGUGUAUCAAAGAAAGAUUUUAAAUUACUAGCAUAGGAAGGAUACCAUGUCUACUGUUGAAAGCAUGUAAAAAUGGUCAAUGUGGAUGCUAGUAUAAGCACAAAAUCUGUCAUUAAGUGGGCUACCCCUACAGUACAGUGUGUUGUACAGCACAAAUACUGGAACAAUUUUGCCUAAGAAAAGAAUUUGAAGAUUGGCGAUAACAUGAGUAAGAUGAAAAAAAUCUCUUAUGAAGCCAUUGGUAAGACCAAGACUUUCCUGGGAAAGAAAAGAAAAAUAUUGGCCCUUUAUAAAAUUGAGUGCUGUGAAGCAAAUACGAUACCUUGUUCUGUCUUGCAUUGUAAGAAUACAUGGACAAGUUAACGAAGCUGAAUGGAGUUACAUUUAAAAUGAAUCACUGCACUUCAUGCUCAGAAUUUGACCUGAUUUAGAGAUGAGAGUAAAACUUAGGGGGGCAGACUGUCCUUGUGUUUGCCUCUCUUAACAAUGUUUUUGCUUUCUGCAGAUGCAUCUGGUUUUGGUCAGUGUCAGACUGAGGACAUUAAAAAGGAUCGUCUUCUGCUCUGAUCCAGCUUGAGUUAAUGCCAGCAUAUAAGCUAUUGAAAGGAUAGAAAAUAGUUUCCACGCAUGAAAAUGUGAAGUAGAAUGCAGACAGUGGAUUUCAACCUGUGGUCCUCAAGACUGCUGUGAGUUUGUGAUGCGUUCAUAAAGACUCACAGCAGGUAAGUGAGAAAAGCAAAUCUCUUGCUAAGAUUCAGUUUCAUAAGAGCUUGUACCUCCAUUGAAAAUUUUAGUGGAUGACUGCAUGAAAAAAAAAUUUUGAAAGCACUGCUGCAUACAAAGAAGGCCAGUUGCAGCUGCCAAACAAAUGUUUCUGCUGCUGAAGUAGCUAUGGAUUGAUGCAAGCUUUCUUCUCUGCUCUUUUAGUCAGUCUUUUUUUUUUUUUCUUCCAACCUGUUCAUUGUCAUACAAUGGGAAUCCACCUCCCUCUCAUUUAUUCUUAAUCAGAGUACAAAGUGCAGUGUUAGUCGGAACAAAGUGUCAUCUCUCUUUAUGAAAUCUUGCUGCCAGAGGGCUUGCUUGAGAUGUUCAACACAAUGAGAAACGGUUUACAUGUUCCACCCCCACCCAAAUAACCUGCAGUGAGUUUAAUACCUGACUGUAUAGUGAUACAUAUACUAAACGAUAAGAAAAUAGUUUGCCUGCUUAUCUGCAGCAGUUUGAAAUGUUAAGAUUUGUUUUUCCGGUGGUCUAACUGUAUGAUCUGUUCACUCAACGCAGACGUGGAUGACUAGGAGCAUGAAACUUAGCUGGGGCCCCUCCUCACACAGAGUUCUUCUGUCUAUGCAGGAUAAAUGAGGAUUGUAGAAAGCUGUGAGUUUGCUUGUUUUGGAGUAAUUCUGUUUAGUCUUCCGCAAGAGCCUACGCCUGUACUCAUAGAGCAGGGGAUGGCUGUCUUGAGGUGCCUUUGUGGCCGUCCAAGAUAUACCUCUAGGCAGUGGGGUGUCAUUUCCUGAUGGAGCAGGCAAAGGAGGCUGCCAUGUUGCUGAUCUUCCCUGGUACCUCCCAAGGGAGGGGCAGGCACUUAAGGUGCAGUUCUAGACCUGAAGGUGGCUCCUCCAUUCCGAGCUCCGGCCCCUCACAAACAGAGCGUGGGGCAACGGCUGUGCAGUUACCAUGGAGACGCUGCUGGUGCUGGUGGUGCUGCUGGGCCUGGUGGGGUGCUCCACUACCCCUGAUGAUGAGCCUGAGCCGCUUCGUGUCACCGGUGUGUGGGUGACAGUGCCACGACAGCUGAGCCCCCGGGCUGAUACCAACCCCCUGACUGUCUCCUACUGGCUGGAGGUGCAGGGGAAGCCACAGGUUCUGCGCCUGCGGCCCAGGAAAGGCCUGGCCUCCCAGCCUUUCACUUUGGUCACCUAUGGUGAGGAUGGGGCACGUCGGGAGGAGCAUGUCUACGUUCAGGACAAUUGCUUCUAUCAAGGUGAGGUGCAGGGAAGUCCCGGCUCCCUGGUGGCCCUCGGCACCUGCGGCAGGGGCCUCCGUGGAGUGCUUUGGAUGGAAGGCAGUACCUAUGAGAUCGAGCCCAUCCCUGAUGAUCCAGCCUUUCAGCACAUGCUCUACCGCAUGGAGGCAGACAGCGACCCUACGGGCCCCACGUGCGGGCUGACCCCCACAGAGCUGCAGUACCAAAAGACUGUGCUGCCCUGGCUUCAGGCUCCACGAACAGAGGAGAAGUACAUGCUGAAGGACUGGUGGACACAUACCAGGUAUGUGAAGUUAGUAGUAGUUGUGGACAACGUGCGGUUUGUGAGGUCAGACAGGAAUGAAUCCAAAGUCUUGAGGCAAGUCCUCGAAGUUGUCAAUAUUGGAGAUUCUCUGUAUGACCAGCUUUCUGUUCAACUGUUCCUUGUGGGACUGGAGAUUUGGACCAAAGGCAAUCUUAUAAACAUUACUAACUCUGUAAACAAGGCACUUUCAGACUUUAACAAAUGGCGAAAAACAGACCUAUAUCCACGGAUGCGCCAUGAUGUUGCUCACUUAUUUGCAUUUCAGGGCUUUGGAAAAAGCCUGGGAUUGGCAUAUCUGGGGUCCAUAUGUGACAGGCAGUGGUCAUCAGCAGUCGAUUCCUUCACCAACAGGAGGCUGUCCUCAUUUAUUGUCACAUUUGUCCAUGAGCUGGGCCAUAAUCUUGGGAUGCGUCAUGAUGAACGGCACUGUAAAUGCAGGCGGAAGAGGUGCAUUAUGUACGAAAGUGAAUCUGACACCGACGCAUUCAGUGACUGCAGUUACAAAGACUACUUUGACCUGCUUGGGAGUGGUGGUAGCUGCCUGCGUCAGUCACCAGCACUUGGCAGCUACUACACUCUGAAGCGUGAAUACUGUGGGAAUAAGAUAGUAGAAAGCGGAGAGCAGUGCGACUGUGGUUCAAAAUCAGACUGCAGAAACGAUCCUUGUUGUCACCCUAACUGCACGUUGACUGAAGGUUCAGUUUGUGCUUCUGGAAAAUGUUGCAAGGGCUGUCAGAUCCUUCCAGCAGGAACACUCUGCAGAGCACGUACCGGUAACUGCGACCUGCCGGAGUACUGCAAUGGGACCUCGCCUUGGUGCAACCCAGACCUGUAUGUACAAGAUGGAGCCCCUUGCGAAGAUGGUGCCUAUUGCUACAAAGGAAAAUGUUCUUCCCACAGUAAACAAUGCAAGCAUCUUUUUGGCAAACAAGCCAGGCCCGCUCCUUUAGAUUGCUUCAAAGAAGUGAAUAGUCGAGGUGACCGUUUUGGAAAUUGUGGUAUUCGGAACGGUAUUCAUUUUACUAAGUGCAGCGUUGAGGAUGCCUUAUGUGGUAGGCUACAGUGUGAAAACAUACCCAAGUUGCCCUCUUUGCAGAACCACAUAACAGUCAUCCAAACCCCUGCCAGAGGUAAAAAGUGUUGGGGUCUUGACUAUCACAUAGGGAUGCCUGUAGCUGACUUGGGGGCUGUAGAAGAUGGCACGACGUGUGGCAGCAACAAGAUUUGUAUUGACAGGACGUGUACCGAUAUUUCAGUGCUGAAUUAUGAUUGUAACAUAACAAAGUGCCAUAACAGAGGAGUGUGUAACAAUCUUAGGAACUGUCACUGCGAGUAUGGUUGGGCUCCUCCAUAUUGUGAGCGGGAAGGAUUUGGAGGAAGCAUCGACAGCGGGCCCCCUCCAUCCAAGCAGAUUUUUCGGAGGUCAAGAAUAGGAGUAGUUGGCCUUGUUUUUCCUGUUGUUCUCGGAGUUAUUCUUGUCAUAUAUUAUAAAAAGGAAAUAGGGGAAUGGUUUAUGAGGAUAAGGCCUGAUUUCACAGAAGGAGUUAGUGGUUGGUUCAAAUACUGCAAAUGCCAGUAGUUGCUAUUUAACACCUACUGCUGAGACAAAAUCUACUACCGUGCACUUCGCAAAGACCAACAAAGUUCUGGCUUUGGAUGCUCCUAAGAAAAUCUCCUGAGGAAGUCAGCAGAGCCCGCUGAUACCUUAUUGAAAUAAUUCAACACCUUCUGAGUUGUUAUAAUCCAAUACAGCAUUGUGAAACAGAUUAAAUGUUAUCUCUGUUUAUUUGAAGUUAAUAAAUGCAGGCAAUAAGGUA